GGGGGCAGGGCGGGCGUAUUCAAUGGAAGUAUGUUACCAGCUGCCGGUGCUGCCUCUGGACAGGCCGGUCCCCCAGCACGUCCUCAGCCGCCGAGGAGCCAUCAGCUUCAGUUCCAGCUCCGCGCUCUUCGGCUGCCCCAAUCCCCGGCAGCUCUCCCAGAGGCGUGGAGCUAUCUCCUAUGACAGCUCGGAUCAGACUGCACUGUACAUUCGUAUGCUCGGAGAUGUACGUGUAAGAAGUCGAGCAGGAUUUGAAUCAGAAAGACGAGGUUCUCAUCCAUAUAUUGAUUUUCGUAUUUUUCACGCUCAAUCUGAAAUUGAAGUUUCUGUGUCUGCAAGGAAUAUCAGAAGGUUACUAAGUUUCCAGCGGUAUCUUAGAUCUUCACGCUUUUUUCGUGGUACUACUGUUUCAAAUUCUCUGAACAUUUUAGAUGAUGAUUAUAAUGGACAAGCCAAGUGUAUGCUGGAAAAAGUUGGAAAUUGGAAUUUUGAUAUCUUUCUAUUUGAUAGACUAACAAAUGGAAAUAGUCUAGUAAGUUUAACCUUUCAUUUAUUUAGUCUCCAUGGAUUAAUUGAGUACUUCCAUUUAGAUAUGAUGAAACUUCGUAGAUUUUUAGUGAUGAUUCAAGAAGAUUACCACAGUCAGAACCCUUACCACAAUGCAGUCCACGCUGCCGAUGUUACUCAGGCCAUGCACUGUUACCUGAAAGAACCUAAGCUUGCCAACUCUGUAACUCCUUGGGACGUCUUGCUGAGCUUAAUUGCAGCUGCCACUCAUGAUCUGGAUCAUCCAGGUGUUAAUCAACCUUUCCUCAUUAAAACUAACCAUUACUUGGCAACUUUAUACAAGGUGACCUGGGGAAACAAUGUCAGUGGAUAUCAACUGCCUAAUUCUAGAGAAAAGGGAACCCUUGUUUUUCUCUGUUUCUCUACUUCCAGACAACAGAUGGAGGCUCAGAUAGGCGCUCUGAUACUGGCCACAGACAUCAGCCGCCAGAAUGAAUACUUGUCCUUGUUUCGGGCCCAUCUGGACAAGGGCGAUCUACAUCUGGAAGAUGCUAGGCAUAGGCAUUUGGUCUUACAGAUGGCUUUGAAGUGUGCAGAUAUUUGUAACCCAUGUCGGACCUGGGAAUUAAGCAAGCAGUGGAGUGAAAAAGUAACAGAGGAAUUCUUCCAUCAAGGAGAUAUAGAAAAAAAGUAUCAUUUGGGUGUGAGUCCACUCUGCGAUCGUCAGACUGAAUCAAUUGCCAACAUCCAGAUUGGUUUUAUGACCUAUCUCGUGGAGCCUCUGUUCACAGAAUGGGCCCGGUUCUCCAAUACCAGGCUGUCCCAGACGAUGCUCGGACACGUGGGGCUGAACAAAGCCAGCUGGAAGGGGCUGCAGAGGGAACAGUCCAGCAGCGAGGACACUGAUGCUACGUUCGAGGAGUUGAGCUCACAGUUAUUACCUCAGGAAAACCGGUUAUCCUAACCCCCAGAACCAGUGGACAGAUGCCUCCUGGAGGUUGUUAGAAAUGUGAAACGGGGUCUUGAGGUGAGAGAACUUACUCUUGACUGCCAAGGGAAAUGAAUGAUGCCAGCAUUAUUUAUUUCCAAGAUUUCCUCUGUUGGAUCAUUUGAACCCACUUGUUAACGACAAGACCCGAACCUACAGCAAUAUGCGUUUGGCUUUUUGUGGGAGACCUUGAAGAGGCAGCGCCCGGCAGGAGCAGACGGAGGGAAUAAGCGAGGAAGUUUUUGCAGGAGGUAUUGCUCUUCAAAGCAUCAUCGUGAAGCUUGAACUGAAGUCUUCAGCAGAAAUCUUCGGAAUUUAACCAGCCCGAUGCAAACAGUGUGUUAUCUGUACCUUCCACUGAUUCUCUCGGAGAAAAUGGAAAUGUGAAGUGCCCAGUGUCUGCACCUCUGGCAGGACUCAAUGUUUACAAACCAACUCUUGAAAUAUUGGUUCUCAAUUUGCCUUGGAGCAUGAUUGUGAAGGAACCACUAAGAAUUCUGAAGAGCAAACCUAGAACUGCAGCUCUUUCUCCCCCUCCCCCAGUUUGCCUUUUUUUUCUUCGAAUGCCACCAAAGCCUCCCAUUUGCUCUGGUUUUAUUUCGUGCACUGGAAACUGAGCAUUUAUCAUAGAGUGCCGCCAAGCUUUCACUCCAGUGCUGUUUGGCAAUGCAAUUUUUUUUUUAACUCUUUCAUUUUUAAUUUGGGGCGGGUGGGGCAGAACCCCAGUGUCCUAGCUGUAUUAUGAUUCCGCGGUGAAGACAUUGCAUGUUGUUUUCACUACUGUACACUUGACCUGCACAUGCAAGAAAAAAAAGGUGGAAUGUUUAAAACACCAUAAUCAGCUCAGGGUAUUGCCAAUCUGAAAUAAAGUGGGAUGGGCCAGUGUGUCCUUCAGAGCAAGGGUACUAAAGUCCCUCUUGCUGCAGGGAGUGAGAGGUAUGUUGUGUGUGUGUGGAUGUGUGUUUGGGGCACGCUUGUGCAUGUGUGACUGUGCAUGUGUUCUAUUUAUCCACGUGGCAAGGAUCAGAGACGUCGGCUUUUAUUUAUUAUUGUAGAAUGUGACGUAGUGAGCAGCCACACAUGGGAGGGGAAGGGAGGUCGCCGUGAGAGAUGAUGGCUCCAGACGCCAGAUGCCUUAACUAUGCACCAAGCUAAGUGACCAAACUUCUUGUUUUGAUUUGAAAAAAAAGUGCAUUGUUUUCUCGUCCCUCCCUUUGAUGAAACGUUCCCCUUCGACGGGCCUUUUGAUGUGAACAGAUGUUUUCUAGGACAAAAAAAAAAUCUAAGGACUAAUUUUAAAUUUAACAAACAUUCCACUUUUGUAAUUUGUUUUAAAUUGUUUUAUGUAUAGUAAGCACAACUGUAAUCUAGUUUUAAGAGAAACCGGUGCUUUCUUUUAGUUCCAUUGUAUUUCCCUUGUUACUGUAAAAGACUGUUUAUUAAUUAUGUUUACAGUUUGUUGCAACAGCCAUUUUCUUGGGAGAAAGCUUGAGUGUAAAGCCAUUUGUAAAAGGCUUUGCCAGACUCAUUUUAAUAUGUGCCUGUUGCUGUUCACUUUUGAUGAAUAAAACCUAUCUUUUCACAUUUU